GUACCACAUGUCUUGUCGCUUGGGGAGGACACUGAAGAUGACUUGUCUCCCGAGAUCACUGUGAAGAGUAUUGGCCUUUUGGAUAAAAUUGAUACAAAGAUCGAGGAUUACCUUGAAGAAGCAUUUGAAUUCAUUAAUGAAGGGACCAAAUUAAACAAUAGGAUCCUGAUCCAUUGUUAUCUCGGUCGGUCUCGAUCUCCAGCAGUGACUAUAAUCUAUCUGCAUCACUGCAAAAAUUUAUCAAUGGCUAGUGCUUACUUCUAUGUCGCCACAAGAAGACCUCAAAUGGGCCUUAAUCAUGCCUUUCAAAACUACAUAAUAGAUUGGUGUAAGAGG